AUGGAGCGCCCUGAGAAAGCCAGAUGUUGUGAACAAAGGUCUAAAAAUAAUCUGUCCAGUGCUCAUUCAAGGGGAAUAUGUGCCUCGUGGGAACACGAGAUGGGAGAACCUGAUCUAUCUUUGAACAAGAAAGUUCAACAGCAGCUCCUGGCUCCUGAUUCUGGGCUCCCAAACAUUUUUUUGUUUGUUUUUUUGCCUCCCAGAAGCUGCCCAGCAAAGAGCCUUGCUUCAGCAGUCAGUUCUCUCCCUCCCUCUGAUUCGUCUGGCUCCUUGAAAGCUGGGAUCCGUAUUUUUUUAUUUCUCAUCAGGAACAUGGACUCCAGCAGCAAUCGCCUGAUGCCCAAGCUGCAUUUCUGCAAAAAGAUCUUUGCUGCAGCCUUGUGUGUCUCAAUCUUACUCCCAGAAUCGGGCUUUGCAAAGAAUCUCUGGAAACGUGCUCUCCAUCUGAAACUGGCAGAGAAGUCUGAUGAUUAUGAGUACCCUCUUCAUUCUCACAGCGCCCACUACCAGAAGAAUGACCGCUGCCCCCCGCCCCCGCAGACUUUACCAGAGCGAGCAUGUGAGGUGCCCAGCUGCCGUUCUGAUUCCGAAUGUGAAAGACACAAGCGUUGCUGUUACAAUGGGUGCAUCUAUGCCUGCUUAGAAUCAGUACAGCCACCUCCAGUUUUAGACUGGUUGGUGCAGCCAAAACCACGUUGGCUUGGAGGAAACGGUUGGUUGUUAGACGGACCAGAGGAAGUUUUACAAGCGGAGGCCUGCAGCACCACUGAGGAUGGGGAUGAGCCUCUGCAUUGCCCUACGGGAUAUGAAUGCCACAUCAUCAAUCCGGGCAACACAGCCGAAGGAAUCCCCAACAGGGGUCAGUGCAUCAAGCUACGUGGAAAUCCCGAUGGACGCAACCUAAGGCAUAAAUAUUACAAGGAGUAUUUUGGGAGUAAUUCCAAUAAUGUACUUGGCUAUGUGAAACAACAGCAGAAGCACUUAGGUUAACUUGAAAUCGGAUGCGGCUGCGUUAAAACAACAGGGACAAAAUGAAUCAGUUAACUUUUCAUUAGGCCUAAGUGAGGCCAAUUGCUGAGGUUACCUGGUUGGGUAAGAAUGUGUUCUAUGCAAACACCACAGCAAUGAUAAACAUUUAAAUUCCUUUUUUUUUUAAUUUGAUUUUCAUUCAGUGGGACCUAACAAUUAAGGAGCUUUUAAAGAAAGAAAUACCCAGUAGUUGUCUGGUUCAGAUGAACUGCAGCCCUCGGUCUCCAGAUACAGCUAUUCAGCAUCUUCUUGAUCUCUGCAAGUUGUUGAUUAAAGACCUGCCUGGUGCAAAAGCAGCUAUUCCAGAACUCAGCCCAGUGAAGAGGGGGAGAAAUCCAUUCCUUUGAUGGCAGCUGUAGUAUUUGAGCAGCACCUUUACAACUGAAACAGAUAACCAGUCUGAUCCACAAUUUCAUUUCAGAUCUGUAUCAGCACAGUACACACUAUAAUGCACACGAAGAGUCUGAUUUCGCUUACGUAGGUGUAGCUCAGGAGUGACACUGGUAUAAAAAUGGUGCACACGGGUUUAAAAUCAGGCCCUAGGUAUAUACAGCCUGCUUGAUGUUUCUAAUAUAUGUGUGCUGAAUCAAUGACUUUCAUACUGCACGUAUAUCAUAUUAACAGAACUCAGAGGUCUCUUACCUAAAAGGAAAUGAAUCGACUGGUAGUUUAUGAAUAGCAUGAAUGACUUUAAUAUGUU